AAAUGGCAUGCGAGGUGUUGUUAAAUUUCAGUGAAAUGUUUGGUCAUUCCAGCCACCUAAGAUGGGAGGCUGCAUAGGUUUAACGAGGCCGAGGAACGCCUCCGUUGACGAUACUACAGGAAACUCGUCGCGGGUAAAUUCAGGAAAUUCAAGGAAAAAUCAUCCUCUAUGCCACGAAGUAAUAAGGUGGAAGUCGGAUGUACCAUUGACUGAAGGACAGCUUAGAAGUAAAAGAGAUGAAUUUUGGGACACAGCACCUGCAUUUGAUGGUCGUAAAGAAAUAUGGGAUGCAUUGAGAGCUGGGGCAACUGCAGCAGAAGCUCAAGAUUAUCAGUUAGCACAGGCUAUAUUGGACGGAGCUAAUAUUUCUGUACCAAAUGGUUUUUUGACAGAAUGUUACGAUGAGUUAGGAACCAGAUAUCAAGUCCCAAUUUACUGUUUAUCUUAUCCUAUUAAUAUUGUGAAAGAGGAUAGUGGAAGAGACUCUCCUGCAGAUUGUUCAGAACCCGUCGAUAGCGGAGUUGAACAGACACUAAAGCUGAGACUAUCAACUACAUCCGGUGAAGUAAAAUUGCCUGUUUAUAGCAAAGAUACCAUUGCUAUUGCUAAAAAGAAAUUGCAGAGCCAAGAAGGUUUAGAACCAUCUCGUCAAAGGUGGUUUUUUGGUGGAAAAUUAUUAGGUGAUAAAAUGCAUAUAGAAGAAGCAAAGAUACAGCCUGGUUAUGUAAUACAAGUAAUUGUAAAUCCUGAAAAGUUGGAUGACAGUCCAAUGAAAACAAGCUGAACUACUGUAUAUGUAAGAUACAAGUCACAUUGAACCAACCUUUUUAGUAAGCACUAUCUUACACACAUUCAAGU